AUGGCUUCCCAAGCUGAUGAGGCCCCCGCGCCUCAGACCAGCAUUGGCAAGGGAGACCUGAAGGACCAUGUUCACGAUGCACUUGACAAGAGGCAACGACAAGGGUCGACGGCGACUGUAUUUCCUGAGCCGCUACGAGAAAGCGAUGACUCCGCAGACGAAGACAAUGGGCCAACACAAGCGCCCCCGAUGUUUAUGAACAUGAACCAGAGUAUAUACGGCCUUAUAGCGCAAGCCAGCUCCCGCGUCGACUUCAAUGAUCGCUUCGAUGGAAUGAGCAGCGACGAGGAGGGCGAAGGUUCGCAGCAAAACGCUAAAGAGAAUAUUGCCCAGACGUCAAUUCUACAGCCUACAAGCAAGGGAAAGGAAAAGGCUAAUCGGCGAAGAAAACUUUCUGAUCACAAGCUUUUGCGCUCACUGCCUGCGCUUCCUAAACUUCGCUCAAGACAUAAAUCUCAAACCUCGCGAUUAUCUGCUCCUGUAGAGGACGCUGAUGAGGCGGACAAUGAGGGCGACAGUAGCGGCGGCUUGCUACCACCACCCUCUAUAAGUUGCCAAGAUACACAAGGGCGCUUAGCACCUGUCAUGAGCAGAAUGUUGGAAGCCAAGGCAGACUUGUCAAGCCGGCCGAGCUUCGAUCUUGAUCGGCUAUCGUCAGACGUUAGCCGAUCUAGUGAUGGCGACGAGGCGUCGGCUCUCUCAAAGAAGCUGAAGGAGAUCUUCGAGUUCGACGAAUAUGAGCAGGUCGUUGAAGAAUACCCCUGCUGGCUUUUACAGAGCGUUCUUCUCCAAGGAUACAUGUACAUCACCUCUAAACACAUAUGUUUCUAUGCAUAUCUUCCCAAGAAGGCGCAUGAGGCUGUUAAGUCUGGAUAUCUCUCCAAAAGUGGCAAACGCAACCCAAGCUACGCAAGGUUUUGGUUCCGACUUAAGGGUGAUGUUUUAACAUAUUACAAAACAGCGACAGAUGUCUACUUUCCCCAUGGCCAGAUCGAUUUACGGUAUGGCAUAUCAGCAAGUAUUGUCGACAAAGACAAGGAAGGUCUACAUUUCGUUGUUGAGACCCAUUCGCGAACAUACAGGUUUAAGGCCGACAGCGCUCCCAGUGCGAAGGAAUGGGUUAAGAGCCUCCAAAGAGUGAUAUUCCGAAGCCACAACGAUGGCGACAGUGUCAAGAUCUCAUUACCAAUCAAGAACGUGAUGGACAUUGAGGAUACCCAGAUGAUCGCGUUCGCGGAUACUUGCAAGAUUCGCGUCAUAGACAAUGACGAGACGUACGCUAUUGAUGAGUACUUCUUUUCCUUCUUCAGCUUUGGCAAAGAAGCUAUCAACGUUCUCAGAAUUCUCAUUGAGAGUUCGUCGGAGAGCCGCUCUGAUGAGAAGGCAGAGUCCGGCGACAAAGAUCACCAUGGCUCAAAGUCUGCUUCCGGCCGGCCGUCGAGGGCAUCGAGCAAACACCGCACCAGUAAAUUACACACCGGGAAACUACCAGAUACCGUGAAAGCGACCUUGUCCCCUAUGUCACCUGUAUCACCUCGUUCACCCGGUCAGUUGAGUCCUCGCGUAAGUAUGGACGCGGCACGAUCAAGUUUCGACGGCUUCAGACGAUUUGGAAGAAAAAGCAUGGAUGUACCAAGCUCCAUGGGAGACCAUAGCCCUCGGAGGAGCUUUAGCGGAACACGGCAUUCGACGAGUUUCCAGCAUCGACAAGGAACUACGACGCCCAAGCAAGCACACGAUUCGGAAGAUUCAUUCCUUCAGUCGUCAGUCGAGAACCCAAGCAUUUCCACCCUAUCGCCUUCUUCCUACGAUGAACCGUCGGCAAGUCAGAUUCUUCAGGGAAGCGAUGUUUUCCACAGCCCAAUGAUGCGACGAUCUGCCUCAGCAUCGAGAAAGCGCGACCGAUCUGGCAAACGAACACCUCGCAACUCCAGUGCUCAUGGGGAACGUCAUCCCGGAGUCCCUCACGCCGCCACUACGGGUUCCUUACAGGAGAUGGGAGGUGAACAGGGCGAUUCCCAGCGCCCUACUACCCCGACACUCAAUAGCAUCACCAAGAUCGGAGCCUACCCAUUACAACGAGCCAACGCCUUCGCCGAAUACUUGACUCGUACAAGCCAGCGUAUGGGCUCCAUGUUCGCUACCGAGUCUCUGGGGUAUGUUGAGAAGGUGCAUGGAAUGUGGAAGGGAGAGCACAGACAUUACGAUGAGCCUCGUGAGCUUCGGACCGACGACGACGGCGAGGACAUUGACUCGGAGACAGACGACAAGAUGCAGACUACGGUAGAUCGAUUCCGAGCACACUUCGCCCUCCCCGACUCGGAGAAGCUGGUCGCGACAUAUUUUGGAGCCAUCUUCAAAGUAUUGCCACUGUAUGGAAAGUUCUAUAUCAGUGACCGAUCAUUCUGCUUCCGCAGCUUAUACCCUGGAACUAGAACAAAGCUCAUUCUGCCUCUGAAGGAUAUUGAGAAUGUUCAUAAAGAGAAGGGUUUCCGUCUUGGCUACUCUGGUCUGACGGUGGUUAUUCGUGGUCACGAGGAGUUGUUCUUCGAGUUUAAGCGACAGGACCUUCGAGAUGACUGUGCAGUGACCUUACAUCAGCUCAUGGAAACGAACCGCUUCCUUCAGCAGUCUGGCGUGCUUGAUCAAGAGGAGCAAGAAGAUGAAGAAGCGGCUGCUGCUAUUGCAGAGCGUAACGCCUUACAAGAAGCGAGGCAAGAUGAGUUUGUUGAUCACGAACUGGCACUGCCGCGCGAGACGUCUGGGGUCUCAAAUGCCCCUACAAUCCUCUUCGACAACCCCAACGCAUCAGGCCUCGCAUUUAAGCCGCAGAAGUCCAUGAAGAUUACAUGCCUUACCAUCGGAUCAAGGGGUGAUGUUCAGCCCUACAUCGCCCUGUGUAAGGGUCUUCUUGCUGAGGGCCACAAGCCUCGAAUUGCGACCCACGCCGAGUUCCAAGGCUGGAUUGAGAGUCAUGGAAUCGAGUUCGCACGAGUUGAAGGAGACCCUGGUGAGCUGAUGCGUUUGUGUAUCGAAAACGGAACAUUUACUUGGGCUUUCCUUCGAGAGGCCAAUUCGACAUUCCGAGGAUGGCUUGAUGAUUUGUUAGACUCUGCUUACACGGCGUGUGAGGGCUCUGAACUACUGAUCGAGUCUCCAUCGGCCAUGGCGGGCAUCCAUAUCGCGGAAAAGCUUGGUAUUCCCUACUUUCGGGCAUUCACUAUGCCUUGGACUAGGACAAGAGCAUACCCCCAUGCAUUCAUUAUGCCCGAGCACAAAAUGGGUGGCGCUUACAACUACAUGACUUAUGUUAUGUUUGACAACAUCUUUUGGAAGGCUACAGCCUACCAAGUGAACCGAUGGAGGAAUAAGACUCUAGGCCUUCCUAGCACCAGUCUUGAGAAGAUGCAGCCCAACAAGGUACCUUUCCUAUACAACUUCAGCCCAAGUGUGGUUGCGCCGCCGUUGGACUUUUCGGAUUGGAUCAGAGUCACAGGGUACUGGUUCCUGGACGAGGGUGGUAGUGACUGGCAACCGCCUCAAGAGUUGCAAGAUUUUAUCACCAAGGCGAAGGCGGACGGGAAGAAGAUUGUCUAUGUUGGCUUUGGUUCAAUCAUCGUCAAGGACCCCGCCAAGAUGACUCAAGAGGUUAUUGACGCUGUUCUUAAAGCCGAUGUGCGAUGCAUUCUUUCGAAGGGUUGGUCCGAUCGCAUUUCUCCUAAGGACGACCCGUCAAAGCCUCGACCCGACGAACCAGAAAUGCCUCCGGAGAUCCAUGUAAUCAAGUCGGCGCCACACGAUUGGCUCUUCAGUCAGAUUGACGCUGCUGCGCACCACGGCGGCUCGGGAACAACGGGUGCUAGUCUGCGAGCCGGUAUCCCAACCAUCAUUCGUCCCUUCUUCGGCGACCAGUUCUUCUUCGCAACUCGAGUUGAGGACUUGGGUGUCGGAGUUUGGGUCAAGAAAUGGGGUACCAACAGUUUCGGUCGAGCCCUCUGGGAAGUGACGCGUAACGAGCGCAUGAUUGUGAAGGCUCGUGUUCUUGGUGAACAGAUCCGCAGUGAAUCUGGUGUUGAUAAUGCCAUUCAGUGCAUCUACCGUGAUAUGGAAUACGCCAAGAGCCUCAUUAAGCGCAAGGCAGGCAAGAACAACGCCCAGCAUGACCCUGUCGAAGAUGAUGAUACUGAAGAGAGUUGGACAUUCGUCGGAAGAGACGAACCUGAUCCUGAUGCUGUGACGAAGAAGCUGAGCGAGGGCCUGGUUGCUUGUGCAACAGAUAUGACACUCUUCGGCUACGACCAAGGCGUCUUUAGUGGUGUUGUCGUAACUCAAGACUUUCUUCGCCUUCACAACCUCGUCGGUCCAAGUAAGACCAAUCUCCUCGCCACGGUAACAGCAAUCUACGAUAUAGGAUGCUUCGUCGGCGCAGUAAUCGCCUUCACCAUCGGUGAGAAACUUGGCCGUAAGAAGGCUAUUCUUCUUGGUACGGCUAUAAUGUCUGUUGGGACUGUUAUAAAGGUUACAUCUUAUAGCCUUCCUCAAAUGAUUGUCGGGCGUAUCGUCUUAGGGAUUGGGAACGGUAUCAAUACUGCCACGGCACCUAUCUGGCAGACUGAGACCGCUCAAGCAAAGUGGAGAGGGAAACUGGUUAUUCUGGAAAUGGCCAUGAAUAUCGCUGGCUUCUGUCUUGUCAACUGGAUCAACUAUGGACUCUCCUUCGUUGAAGGGUCUGUCGCUUGGCGAUUCCCUUUGGCGUUUCAAUUCGUCUUUAUUUUCAUUCUAUUUGGAACAGUUCCAUGGCUUCCCGAAUCACCCCGAUGGUUGAUUGCGCAUGGACGCACUGAAGAAGCAACACAGAUUCUGGCGUGUAUAGAAGAUAAGCCUACUACAUCACCCAUCGUUACGGCUCAACUCCACGAGAUCCAAUACAGCGUCGAUUACGAGCGCUCGCACACGAUAAAGUGGAAAGACAUCCUCUUGCGCCGAAACAAAGAUACAUCUGAUACAAAGACACUCCGUCGUUUACUCCUCGGUGCAAACACGCAACUUAUGCAGCAGUUCGGAGGCAUCAAUAUCAUGAGCUACUACAUGCCCACGGUUCUAAUCAAUAGCGUCGGUCUGACGGAAAGUAUGGCUCGGUUACUUUCAGCUUGCAAUGCCGUUUCAUACCUUGUGUUCUCAUCUGCGGCGAUUCUUCUCGUCGAGAGAUGGGGACGAAGAGGGCUCAUGCUGCUCUCUACUGCGGGGCAACUCUUAUCUUUCCUUGUCAUUACGAUUCUUCUGCGUUAUGCGGUUGGGGAUAAGAAGGAGCCUCUGGGAUCAGCUUCUGUCGCGUUCUUCUUCUUCUACUUCAUCUCAUUCGGUGUAGGUAUGUUGGGUGUUCCAUGGUUAUAUCCUACUGAAGUCAAUUCCCUCCCUAUGCGAACAAAGGGUGCUGCUCUUGCCACCGGAACAAACUGGAUCACGAACUUCAUCGUUGUGGAAAUCACGCCCAUCGGUAUCCAGAAUCUUGGGUGGCGCUUCUGGAUCGUAUGGACUGUUACCAAUGCUCUUUUCUUGCCCGUGAUCUACUUCUUCUACCCAGAGACCUCGAAUCGCAAGCUUGAAGACAUGGACGCCUACUUUCGAGAGAAUCCCUCUGUUAUCGUCAUCAGGGACAAAGACGCCAUCAUUGCCAAAAGACCGGAGAAGUACAUUGAGCAAGAUCAGGAAGGCAUUCGACGAGAAGGUGUUGAGGUCGGGGGAAAUGGCUCUGAAGAGAAGGUGUUAUAG